AACUAUCUAAUAAAUUAGAUUUCAUUAGGUAUACGGCUUUACAUCUACAGUAUAUCAUUCAGACAUGUUAUUAUAUCCACACCACAGAUAUUACCUAUAUUGAGAGAUUAUUACAAUCAUCCUUGUUAUUAAAUAGUGAAAACGUUAUUGUAAAUAAUCAAGUUAAAAAUACAGUAUUAAAAGUAAUAAUUAGUAAUAGGCUCGUAGCAGCUGGAUUAUGCCUUAAGUUUAGAAAAUAAAGAAAAUAUUUAAAAUACAUGUCAUUCACCUUUGUCUUAGAAUUGAAAAGAAAAAAAAAUAUCUGUACCUAAUACGUAAACAUACAUCAAGUACUAAUAUCCUCCCUAAUAUUUGUUUUGAGUUAUGUGUUUAGUCUUACGGUAGGCGUAGAGAGGUAUAUAUUCAUGUCAAUGUCACUGUAAGUGGUCAAGUUGUUCAUCCUAUCUACAGAAGAAAUUUAAUACAAUAUAUUUAGAAUGGCUUCUCCAAGAGCAAUUUUCGAGCUCGGAAGGCUAGCACCACGGUCGCCUCAAAUUGUUCAAAACAUAAGAUUCAUAAGAAGUCCACAAUCACCUGUCCAGAACAAUUUGAGCAGAGACUGUGCGGAAGCGAAAAUAAAUACAAAACCGUGUACAUUGUCGCCAUUCAACAUCGAUACUCCAAACCGAAAGAAAAUAUUAAACACUGGACUUUCCGACUGUACUAGAAAUAUUCUCGGCAGUGGUGGCUUUGGAACCGUGGUUCAAGCAUCUUACAAAGGUGAUCAGGUCGCUGCGAAAAUACUUAGACGGAGGAAAGACAGUGAUAACUCAGUGAUAUCGGAGAAACAUGCCACCACUUUGAGACAUGCUAAUGUCAUCAGGAUACUGAGUAUUGAACAGGGAGAAGUUUUCUCAAUGAUCACUAUGGAAUUGUGUGGUAAAUCUCUGCAAGAAAGGCUAGAUGAGGGACCAUUGAACUGUCAAGAACGAUUAAAUAUUUUGAAGGCAAUUGCUUUCGCUGUCCAAUUCUGUCACCGAGCUGGCGUGGUUCACGCCGAUAUCAAGCCAAAAAAUAUUCUCAUGGCUGCAGAUGGGAACCCAAAAUUAGCUGAUUUUGGUAGUUCCGUUCUUUUGGGAGAAGAAGACACGCAUACAGGAAUUCGAGGUACACCUGGUUAUGUAGCCCCAGAAGUAAUCAGAGGGGAAUUACCCUCUCCACCUUCAGACAUAUAUUCCCUGGGGGUUUUGGCCUGGCAAAUGCUAAGCAGGACUUUGCCAUUCGCUGACCUCCAUCCUCACGCUAUUUUGUAUCUUACUGGGAAAGGUGUAAAACCGGAAGAUGCGAUACUGGAUGAUAAUUUAGGUGGCAAGUAUAAGGCGUUAUAUGCAACGAUGUGGUCAUUUAAAAAACAAGAUAGACCCAGUAUAGAUGCAGUUACAACAGAACUUGAAAAUUUAGAGGUGGAAGCAAAGUGUUGAAUGUAAUUCGAAAUGGCAAAGGCUCAACAAUGUUAC